AUGGGGUCUCAAAAUCUUGCCAACCUCGCCCUAGAUGGUGGUGAUCCUCGCGAGCCAAAGAACCCCACGCUGUUUGCGCUUGACCAUGGCCAUGAGAGUGACCACGCCGAGGGUUUCGUCAUUGAGGCGGCUCUGGUUCGUAACGACCCGACCAUAUUCUUCGAAGAAUAUUUGCAUUACGCCGCCAUCACUCGCGCCGAAGAGAAAGAGUACGAAAAGAGUAUCGAAAAACCGCCAUUCUCAAUACUUGGUGUCAUCAAGAGCCGUUUCUCCAAGGGACAUGUCCAUCGAUCCGACGACGAUGACGAUGAGCCAAAGUCACAGCAUCUCACUGCUUCCACAGUCACUGAUGCAGAUUGGAGACGCGCAUCUCGGGCAACGAGAACGGCAAGCUGGAGCUCAAUCUUCUUCUUGAUCACCACGGAUAUCCUGGGACCUACUGGUGCUCCGUGGGCCUUUGCAAACACAGGCUACGGACCAGGCGUCGCUCUCUACACUGUCUUUGGUGGAUGCGCAGCUGUAUCUGGCUGGUAUGUUUAUCUCGUCUUCCUCGACAUGGACUCAGACCGAUACCCGAUUCGUGACUUCGGACAGGCCUUCUUCCGUGUGUUUGGCUCCAAGAUGAGACACAUCGUGAACAUCCUACAGACACUUCAGAUGUUCCUACUGGUCGCCGUCUUGAUCCUCAACAACGGUGGUGCCAUCUCUCAGAUAUCAAUUGGAGACAACGGAGUGCAUGGCAAUGGGCUUUGCUUUAUCGUCUGUCUACUCAUUCUCACUAUUCUUGGUGGAGUGCUUGGUCAAAUUCGCACCCUUCAACGAUUUGGAUGGCUUGCCAAUAUCUCGGUAUGGACAACCGUCAUCACUUCUUUCCUCGCAAUCGGAGCCGCUGCUGUUUCAGAACCCAAUUACGCUACAAUGUUCAGUUCUUUCGGAGGCAAAACAUCUGCCUACGGUAACACAAACUUCCCGAACGACACUGUCGGGAGCCACAUUCCCAUCCGCACGUUCGCAGGCACUCCAGAGUAUGGCUUCGCUUCAGGCGGUACAGGGUUCCUUGGAAGUUUCCAAGGCAUUGAUCAAAUCGUCUAUGCUUACGGCGGCGCUAUGUUAUUCUUCAACCUCCUUGCCGAGAUGCGCAAUCCUUGGGACUUCUGGAAGGGAAUGUUGUGCGCGGACAUCUUCAUCUACUUGGCUUACAUGUUCUUUGGCAUUUUCCAGUAUUCGUAUCAGGGACAAUACACUUACAACACUGCUAUUCAGAGUGUCAGUGCGUAUGGCUACCAGACUGCUGGUAACAUCUUGUCUAUCGUUGGUGGUCUGAUCGCUGCCGCUCUAUACGGCAACAUCGGCAUAAAAGUAAUCUACAGUAACGUUCUCAUGGAAAUCUUCCAUUUCCCACCCCUGACAGCUAAAGCGGGAAAACUCAUCUGGAUAGUCCUCGUCCCCAUCUACUGGUCCCUUGCCUUCAUCGUCGCCGGAGCCGUCCCAGAACUCGGCGACUUCAGCAGCUUAGUGGGCGCCUUCUGCAUUGGAAAUUUCACCUAUACCUUCCCAGCGCUUCUGAUGAUUGGUUUCCAAAUCAAGAAGGGUGCUGUUCUUCCUGAAGAGGGAUUCGACCAAGCCACUGGGAAGUACGUUCGUGUUGAUAGUGGUGUGAAGAGAUGGAUGCGUGGAUAUCGCAAAACGUUUUGGUUCACUACAGCCAACAUUGUUUACUUCUUGGGCGCAUUAGCGGUGUGUGGGUUGGGUUGUUAUGCAGCUAUCGAAGCGUUGAUUACGGCGUUUAGUGGUGGUAGUGUAGCGACGAGCUUUAGUUGCAAGUCUCCUUAUGCUGCAUAGGGUUUCUAUAGCCCU